CGAAUUAUUUAAUAAUAUCUGUGACUCGACUCGACACGACUCACGACAGCGAAUGCGAAAUUUAAGCGAUCACGAUUACUUUCGUGUCACAGUUUCAUGUGUUUGUUUUCUUGUGAGCUUUGUUAAAAUUUGCUUCGUAACGUUAUUAUUAUAAUAUUACAAAUAAUGUCACUAAAUACGGCGCAUGCUGAUCAUGGAGUGUUGAUACAUGCCGGAGAAUGUAUCAUACUGUUCUCUGAUAAUGUGAACGUUGAAUUCUAUGGAAAUGACACAGCAGAAUUCAAAGGCACUAAAAAUGGACGCAUGUACCUUACAACUCACCGUUUGAUCUACAAUUCCAAGUCAAAUUCUGACCCAAUGAGAUCAUUCAGCUUUCCAUUUAUUGCUCUGGAAGAUGUCACUGUGGAGCAACCAAUGUUUUCAGCAAAUUUCAUUAAAGGCAAAGUAAGGGCACAACCCAAUGGCAAUUUUAUUGGAGAAGUGAAGUUCAAACUCACAUUCAAGUCUGGAGGAGCCAUAGAAUUUGGUACAGCUAUGUUGAAGGCUGCUCAUCUAGCGUCCCGUCACAACGCCGGGGGCUCUCCGCCGCCGUACACACCGCCGUCGGGCCCGUGGUACGCCGCGCCGCCGCCUGCCUACCAGCCGCCCGCGCAAGGAUACUAUGGAUGGGUGCCACCUUACACUGCCUUCCCGGACCAGCCGCCACCAAACUCCGUGUUUGUAUCGGACAACCCUCCGCCGUACCCCGGCGUCACUGGAGCGGCUUACCCCCCGGGCGCGGGCUUCUCUGGCGCCGCGACGGGUCAGUCCGGGGCCUUCGCCUCUAACGGCAUGGGGCCGCCGCCCGGCUACCCGGGCAACGCCAGCGCCCCCGGAUAUCCGGGCCACGGCGCCAUGCCCCCGGGGUAUCCGGGCGGAUUUGCCUCUGCACCACCGGGAGCCGCAGCUGGCAUGUCUUCUAGGGACGCAAAAGCGGCGGAGGCGGCGCAAAGCGCUUACUAUGAUCCAAAUCGACCUCAAACAGCCUACGUUCCGCCGCCAUAUGACCAGCCGCCGACUUAUCAAGAAUCUACGUCAAAGAAAGAAAACUGAAGCAUUGCCCACAUUUUCACAUGAUGCCGGACAAAGUUUAAAAUUAGCCGGGCUGCAAAUCUGUAAUAUUAAGUUUGUUUUUUUUUUGUUUAAAAUUAGCAACAUUCCUUUUUUGAUUUUUAUUUUAAUCACUUAUGUACCUAAGUGUCAUUAUUUUGAUUUAUGUAUGUAGUGUGACUGUACACAUAAUUGUGCAUACAAAGAACUGAUUGACAUGGCUUUAUAUGAUAGUGCAGUAAAGAUAAAAAGUUAUAUAGGUACCUAUACGAAUUUAAUGCACUAACUAAAAUAACAAAACAUAUACGUGCUAUGCAAGGAUUUUUGUUUUCUAGUGUGUAUAUAAGAUACCUAUCUUCUUUCCAAAUUGCAUUUUGAUUACAAAACAUUUGUUUUGAUGCAAUCAAGUUCACAUUACCCAUGUAUAUAAUUUUAUAAUUGUUAUGCCUUUUAAUACCAAAAGUAUUAUGUAUUUAUUUGUAGUUUCAGAAUUUUUAGUCCCUAGAAUGUUUGUUAUUGUCUAUAUGAUCGUUAUUAAUAAAGCGCUUACGUGAA